ACCAUCCUUCUCAUCAGUCAGCUCAGGAGCACAACAAGACCCAGCCUCUUGCCACAGGAACCGAUACAACAUCAAACCGAGUGGACACCAGCUCCUGAAUAACCAUGUCUGUGGAAACUCCAGCAAUGUUCUCUCUUCUUCUGCUCAUAGUCUCAUCGACAGUGGCCCAGGAGUGCUCGAAGCCCUGUGCCUGCCCCGCAGACGCCCCUCCCUGCCCAGUAGGCACCAGCUUGGUGCUGGAUGGCUGUGGUUGCUGUAAAGUGUGUGCCAGGCAGCUGGGAGAGCCCUGCAACCUGCUAGAGCCCUGCGACCACCACAAGGAGCUCUACUGUGACUACGCCCUGCUGAGCGACACUGACACCGGCAUCUGCAUGGCUCAAGAAGGUCAGCCAUGUGACUUGGGUGGCGUCAUCUACCACAGCGGAGAGUCUUUCCAACCGAGCUGCAAACACCAAUGCGUGUGUAUGAAUGGCGAGAUCGGAUGCGUGCCGACGUGUCCCAGUAACGUCCGCUUACCGUCCCCCGACUGUCCGUACCCUCGCCGCAUCCACAUCCCAGGAAAAUGCUGUGAGGAGUGGGUGUGCGACCAGACACCUCAGGACCACCACUAUCAGUCAGUGAUGGGCGGAGCUUCUCAGAUUCAUCCACUGCCCUCUUCACAACCCAUCUCGGGAAUGAAGGAGGCGCCCCUUCAUGGGCUAGAACCAGAGAGUCCAAGAGAUAACUGCAUAGUCCAGACGACAGAGUGGAGUGAGUGCUCAGCCACCUGUGGAAUGGGGGUCUCGUCCCGCAUCACGAACGACAACCAGCGCUGUCAGCUGGAGAGACAGACGAGGGUCUGUAUGAUUCGACCCUGCAACAUCCAGCAAGAGAAGGAAAUUAAGCGGGGCAAGAAAUGCGUGCGGACACCGAAAGCCCAGCAAGGGAUGCGGUUGGAGUUGUCAGGCUGCACCAGCGCCAGGUUAUACAAACCGAAGUUCUGCGGCGUUUGUACCGACAACAGAUGCUGCACACCUCACACCACCAUCACCGCCGAGGUGGAGUUCCGCUGCCCAGAGGGAGACGUGUUCACCAAAAAGAUGAUGUUCAUCAAGACGUGCUCCUGCCACUUCGACUGUCCACGAGACAAUGACAUCUUCCUGGCUUCCAACACACGAAGGAUGAUGGGUGACUACGACCACAACAUGUGAUCUUGAGAAGGCCUUUUACAUUGACUGCAUCCUGUCCUCCUUUUGCCCACCAUCUGACCACUACACAAGACACAAUUUAAUCUCGAGAUGCCAUGUAGGACUAGGAUAUUUGUUGCUGUAAAUGUAGUUUUGAGGACGGUACAUCUUGCUUUGAGAUGUUAUUCUUAAAAUGAUUCAAAGUAACUGUAAUAUCUUACUCGAUUGAAACGUACACAGUUUGUAGUGUGGAAGACAAAAAGACUAUAUGGAUGAGAAACACUUUAAUCAAUUUCAUUAGUUAAUCGGGGCUUAGCACUGACCUCUUAGUCCCCCCCCCCCCCGAAUCUUUAUUCUUCUACAUAACUUGACAUUUCGGUCAUGCCUUCCACACAGUGCCCCAGUGGAGAAAGCAAAGACCGUGAUGAGUUGGGUUUGCAAAAUACCCUGGACAGGAACUUGACGUCAAGCCCAUAAAAAAAAUCCUUUGGGCGGGGGGAGGGGCACUGGAACAUUAAUCGUCAGUCAGACCCCCUCAUUCUACAUGACUCACACAUCUUCUGGAUGAAUGUCCAAAAAUGACCACAGAUACUCUCCAACAGAUUGUUGAAGGCCUUACCAGAAGAGUGGAAGCUGUGCUACGAUUAGAGGUUCUUGGAGAUGCAAUGGCAAUCAUAUUGCUAUUGCCAUUUGGUGAAUCCAAAAUAGGAAGUACUGUAUAUAAAUGUAAAAACGAAAACCAGUUCAUUGGCAGCUUUCCCACCCUUCAUACAGAUUAUUCAAUAUGAGCCUGAAUAUCUUUUCCCCAUGUCAGGUCACUCUGAAAAUGCAAUGACAUACAGUACAUUUUUCUUUUUUUUUUUUUUUUUUUUUUUUAUAACCAGAAGUUACAGAACUCAUCAUUUUAUCUUUAGGUGCAAAUUGGCUUAUCACCUGAGCGGCGCCCUGAAAGAUAUUACUUUUGUACCAUUGACACUUGACUUUUGUUGCUCGAGAACAAAGUUAAAGGUACAAACAGUGCGAUGAUUAAUUGACUCUUAUUGACUACUACUGUUUAUCCCUGUCUGACAAUGUGUUCUUGGGUCUGAAAAUGUAUGCAGGGUUUGCAGUUAGUGAAAAAGAUCAUUAGUUGUUGUUGCGGUAUAUUUGGCCCAAAGGAAAAGCUUUCUGUAAAAACUACAGUAUAUACAACUGGUAACUGAUGGUGUACUUGUACAUACAGUGCUCAGUUCCAACUCUGUGUUGGUGUGAACGUGACUUUGAAUGGUUGUCUGUCUAUGUGCCCUGUGAUUGACUGGCGACCAAUACGAGGGUGAAGUCUGCCUUUCGCCCAAAGUCGGCUGGUGUAGGCUCUUAACUUGAACAGACGACAUUGUCGCAUGUAUUACUUUUUCCUGUUUAAAAUGUCAACAACAAAUAUUUCCAAACAUGGCCACAUUUUGGCCACAUACAGACAAGUUGUUGGGCAGGUUUGUGUUGAUGUGCCCAACUAACAAUUGUAAUUGACAAAAAGCCACAAGAAUGUGGAGAUGCUGAUAGACUGAUAGAUUGACUACACACACACACACACACACACACACACACAUAUAUAUAUAUAUAUAUAUAUAUAUAUAUAUAUAUAUGUCUUACAUUCAGACAAUGUUGGGACUCUACAGCAUUCAUUCAGUGCUUUGUAAAACAUUUGUAUUUUGUAUCUUGACGCACUUGUAGCACAACUAAGUGAUUGCUGAUACAACUUGAUUAUUUUCAUCUUAUUUAAAAAAAAAAAUAAAAAUACAAAAAUACAAAAAUAAAACAUAAGAAAAGACACAUUUGGCAGCCAGCAAAUGCAUACCUAGUGCGAAUACUUUGAGACUGUGUACAGUUUUGUACUAUAAUUUAUGUUUCACGCUGACUGUAUUAUAUUGUUUUAGUUUUUCCACUGUAACCACGACUAAGAUUCUAAUGAGUUAUUGUCCGUUGCACUUUUCUCUUUUUCAAUAAACAAAGUAUAUUUUUAUA